GUGCUGGGACGACUACGCCAGCUUGUACUGGUGGGUGAUCAAGGCUCCCAUCCUCCUGGCCAUAUUUGUGAACUUCCUCAUCUUCCUCAAUGUCACCAGGAUGUUAGCGCAGAAGAUCCGAUCUCCGGACAUCAGCAAAAACUACAAGCAGCAGUACAUGAGGCUGACGAAGUCCACGCUGCUCCUCAUCCCUCUCUUCGGGGUGCACUACGUGGUGUUCGCGCUCUUCCCCGAGCACAUCGGUGUGGAUGCCCGGCUGUACUUCGAGCUGGUCCUUGGCUCUUACCAGGGGCUCCUGGUGUCUCUGCUCUACUGCUUCCCCCAGCCACACGUGGGCAUGCAAACAGCCCCAGGGCACCCCGAGGAGCACGGCACACACACAACCACGGCCGUGGGCACACCUGCCGCCCCUCCGUGGGGUGCUGGCGGGUGCCCCUGGGUGCCAGCGCCGGUCGUCGUGUUGGUUCAGGUCCAGGCUGAGAUCAAGAGGAACUGGGGCAAGUGGCAGUCGUCCAUGGAGAGCAACGUCUUCAACCUGGCGACCCAAGACUUCACGGCGUGA